GAAAGACAGCCCAGCUUUGUCUGAUGGAUCUGUUUACAAUAUCGCACACUCCACUAGAGAGCUUAAUAUCAGCACUUCCUCCUCGAAGAGGAGCUGACAGCACUCCACCUUAGCACACUUGAGCCGAGCGCACUCACCAUCACAUCUCUACCUUCCUCUCGAACAGCGGGAUGGCGAGGCGGCACAGACACAGUGUUUACAGUAGCGACGAAGAUGAUGAUGAUGUGGAGAUUUAUGAUCAUGACUAUGAUGGUCCUCAUGCCAAGACAGGAAAACGCCACCUCGGCAAGACACGCUGGACCCGUGAGGAGGAUGAAAAGUUAAAGAGGCUGGUAGAGCAUCAUGGUUCUGAAGACUGGAAAGUCAUCGCCAGCUUUCUACCGAAUCGAACAGAUGUUCAAUGCCAGCAUCGUUGGCAGAAAGUCCUCAACCCUGAACUCAUUAAAGGACCAUGGACUAAAGAAGAAGACCAACGGGUGAUUGAGUUGGUGCAGAAGUACGGCCCCAAACGUUGGUCAGUAAUCGCAAAGCAUUUAAAGGGGCGAAUCGGAAAGCAGUGUAGAGAGCGCUGGCACAACCAUCUAAACCCUGAGGUGAAGAAGACGUCCUGGACUGAGGAAGAAGAUCAAAUCAUUUACCAGGCGCACGAGAAACUUGGAAACCGAUGGGCCGAGAUUGCCAAGUUACUUCCGGGAAGAACCGAUAAUGCCAUCAAGAAUCACUGGAACUCCACUAUGCGGCGGAAAGUGGAGCAAGAAGGUUAUUUGCAGCACGCUGCUAAAGUCAGCCCAACUCCGCUAAACAACAGCUAUUCUAAACCUCACCUCCUGAACUACAAUCACACACCAAGCAACACAUCCAUGCCUGCCUCCUCCAUGAGCAAUCAGUAUCCAUACUACACUGAAUCAUCACGGGUGCCAUUUCCACUUGCUCUCCAGUUAAACAUCUUGAACUUUCCACAACAUGGCACUGCUGCUAUCCAGAGACACUACAGCGACGAGGACCCCGAAAAAGAAAAGAGGGUGAAAGAAAUCGAGAUGCUGUUGAUGUCAACAGAAAACGAGCUGAAGGGACAACAGGCACUACCAAUCUCCAUGAACGGCUACGGUGGCUGGAACAGAGGCUCUUUGGCGGACAGUUCGGUUGGCAUUGUUGUUUCAGUCCCGGCUCCAUCCCUAGAGCAAGGAUGCCUUCCUGAAGAAAGCGCACAUGGCAACACAAACAGCCCAAAUAACGACUCCAGCUCCACUUUACCAGAGUUUAUCGAUGCUAUUGAUUCGGCCCCAUCAGUCUGGGCCAACAAACACCCUAAAACGGAGUGCCAAACCGGUCAGGGUUCGCCUGCAAACAACGGCAACAGAAGUGCCCCCACUUUUCUUUGCUCAACGCCCAAAUAUUCAUCCGUCAGACACCUGCCUUUUUCUCCCACUCAGUUCUUUAAUGCUUCAGUGAGUCCCGAUUCAGACAGUCAAAAUAUACCAGUCACGCCAUCGCCGGUCUGCUCCCAGAAAGCACUGCAGCAAGACCUUGCUCUUCGACCUCAGAAGGAAAAUGAGCUGUUCCGAACUCCCAACCUGAGGCGUUCGAUCAUGGAGUGUUCUCCUCGCACACCCACUCCAUUCAAAUCCACACUGACAAUGCAGGACAGCAAAUACGGACCACUGAAGAGGGUCCACAGUCCUUCGCUGGACUCUGGAGUGGUCGGCACGAUUAAACAAGAGCCCCAGGAGUGUGAGAUCAGUGUUGGAGGGGUGCAUCUAGACCAGCCCCCUCUGAAAAAGAUCAAACAGGAGGUGGAGUCAGUGUGUCUUCAGUGGGAGGGGCAAGAUCUCCACACUCAGCUGUUCCCUUCUAAUGGCCCCGCCCACGACAUGCCUGAUCUGCUGACUAGCUCUGUGCUGAUGCUUCCCAACACAGAGAAGACUGAGGACGGACACAAAGCUGCCCAGUUGCCCCGCAGACCCAUAGGAAGUCCUUUGCAGCAGUUGAACACAUGGGAACAGGUGCUUUGUGGGAAGACGGAAGAGCAGACGAUUCCCUCUGAAGCCACGCACAAAUACCUCAGCAAUUAUUCUUCGCGAGCUCUGGUCAUAUGAACGAGAGACAUAAUGAGACAAAAAUAGAAAGGGAAGGAGGAGGGAGAGUGAAAGAAGACAAUCAUUCUGAAAAGAAGUAAAAAGAGGAACAGUCCCUACACUCGUGGUACAUUAUUUGGGAGAGGCUGUAAGCCAUUUUUGUUUGUAGACUGCACAGUCGAUGUUUGGUCGCCAAUGUUUAAGCUGUGCCAUCAUUCAAGGAACCAAAGACAUUGUGUUUUUUAUAUACAUAUAUAUAUAUAUAUGUUUUGUUUUGUUAUUUCUACAUUUCUGAUUGGAAUUUAAUAAUAUUGUAUUAUAUAUGUUGUAUUAUACAUGGGAAAUAAUUGUUUAUGUGGGUUCUAAUUUUAUGGAUUUUAAUAUAAGGAACAAUUUGCAGUAAUUUAUUAUUAUUUUGUAUUAAGAAUAAUAAUUAACUAACUAUGACGGGCGCCUUUGCCAGUGUUUGCCCCCAGUAUUGCUCACUUUUUUAUUCGCUAAAUGUGUGUUAAUUGUAAGGAGCGCAUGUCCUCCUAGCAUUAUCCGAGUCUUACACCCAAAACCAGACAAAGAGUUGUUCUGGGUGACCAACAAAACUGCCCUUGUAUGUAUUUCAGACUUAUAGCACUGCUGUGUAUUUCUGGCUAAAACAAACUGUGCCCGAUGCCUACAAAAUUAGGCCAGUUUGUGAAUUCAACUCAAAAUUUGAAGUCAUAUAUCUAGUGUACUCUGCCAGUUUAGUAGUGUUGCCAUUUCAAAAGCUUCAAGAUGGAAACCACAACGUUCAUUUUUGUAUUAGCACUAUUUCAGGUUUUAGAUCAACUCUUGCAGGAAUUUCAACAGAACAAAGUGUUUGUUUGUUUUUGUAUUUGCUUCAAAGGUUUACCGAACAUUUUCAAAUCAAGGUCCAAAGUUGCCUUCGAGAUGAUAUACAACAUUUCUUUAUGUUUUCAUAAACACUUUUUUGUAUGACGAUUUGUAAUCAAAUUUACCUUGGUAUUUCUAGUUUUUAAACACUGAAAUGAUUGUUGCUUUUAUACGUAGUUGGCUUGUUUUUUGAUAUUACAAUCAGCCUUUUUUGAUACUAAGAUCCAAUCAAAAGCAUUGAGGAAUAACUUUUUGUUAUUCGCUGCCUUUUUGUAUUAGCUUCAAGUACAAACACUUUUUAUACACUGAUUUUGAACUUUUCAUACGUUUUUUAUACAAACUGCCUUGUAAAUAAAGUGUGUUUUUGAGAAAAAA